UAAAGUUUUAUCUGAAUGUGUUGCAAAAGAUUAAGAAGGAGGUUAUAAUCAUGUGAAAUGACUGGAUAGCACUUUAUGUAAAUUAUUGUUUAAAUCUCGAAUGUUAAUAGUAACAAAAUGUGUGGGUGACUGUGAGUGAAGCACAUCGUGUGAUGGUGGGCGGUGUGGACACAGCAUGACCACAUGGAUGGCGCUGUUCGGGCUAGUGUGGCUACUGCGAGUGCGCGGCUCCCUUUGCGGAUGUGCGGCGUGCAAGCGCGCUCGCCAUGAUAACCAGGAAACGAGACAGACAGAAACACAGGACACGAGAGAACCACGAUGCAGCACCAACUCUAUCAGCUACGCUCCUGCAGAAGGUCCCCCGUUUGACGUCAUCGCGCUGCAGAAUUACACGCGUGAUGCAACUGUACAAACUGAUUUUGAAGAUGAUGAAGACCUUGAUAAGAUCGAACUGCAAAUCUGCGAAGGUUCGAACGUCGCGAACUAUGAUUGCGGGCGUGAGCAGGCGACGCAAAAUCCGGAAGUCGAGCAGUGUAUUGCAGGAAGCUUACAGUCUUGUUCAGAUUCCGAUGAUUCGAUAUGGGAGACAGCUGAUGUUACAUUGGAGCGCGGAACAAACGGUCUAGGACUGAGCAUAGCUGGUGGCGAGAGUGGAGGUGAUAUUAGCAUAACUCGAUUGGCUGCUGGAGGUGCGGCCAGAAGUGACGGUAGAUUGCAAAUAGGAGAUAUUUUACUACAGGUAAACGAAGUAUCUUUAGAAGGUGCUCCUCAUUCAAUGGCAGUUGAUGCUUUACAGAAAGCUGGAAACGUCGUUAAAUUAAGAGUUCGAAGAGCUAGACGUCCUAAAGUAGUCACAUUAUGGCGAGGAGCACGAGGACUUGGUCUGGGAAUCGCAGGAGGUGCUGACGACGCAGCGGGAGGAGGAGGGGUCUUCAUAUCACACAUCGCAGUCGGCGGAGCAGCACAUUACGAUGGCAGAUUAAGACUUGGAGAUAAAAUAUUAGCCGUUAGAGACGAAGAUGGAAUUGAAACAUCAUUAAUUGGUGCAACACAUGCAAAGGCGGUUGCAACACUGCGCAACACUGGAGAGCAUGUUACUCUCGUCGUCUUACCUGCUGCUUCCAUUCCGCCUGCAGCUCAGCCCACACAACUUUAUACAACAAGAACACAAGCAACAUCGUGUUCGACACUACACGAGCUUACAGAAGAAGACCCAAGUAAAAUUCCAAGAUGCGUGCGCAUGGUUAGACUGGUGCGAUCCGGAUCACGUUUGGGUAUGGACAUUGUCGGAGGUCUAGGCGGUGAGGACACUUGCAGUGGUCUGGAGGAAGAGGCGUGCGGUGUGUUUGUAUCAGGAGUAUCAGUGGAGGGAGCUGCGUAUGGCAUGUUGUACAGAGGAGAUAGGAUACUAAGCGUCGAUGGCAGAGAUUUAUCAAGAGCAACACAUGAACAAGCUGCAGCGGCACUGAAGUAUUCUGGCAGCGCCGUGACGAUAGCUGCACAAUACCAACCGGAACACUACGAGAGGCUUCGCGCUCGUAUUCGGGCUAUCAACGCGGCCGCCAUGUCGCCACACACGAUGCACCCCACACACGUUCCUGUACAUCCUGAUUUACACGCUAUCUAUCCCAGGUGA